CCCGAACGUGAAAGCUCAUCCUCAUCGCGCGAUCAGUCUGGUCAACAAUAAGACACGGGGAAGAUGCGCGCCUUCAUCGCGGAUGACAAUGGUUGUUUCUUCUCGCCCUUCUUUGCGCUCUUCUAGUCGUCUCGCUGAGUUCCCAGCGACCGUGGCCAACAAACCGAGCGGAAGCGCUGAGCCCGUCAGACGCGCAAAACGAACACGAAACACGUCAAAUUACGAGGACGAAGCACCCCCAUCUAAGAAGAUCCGGACCCAUACACUUGGAAACAAUCAGGUUCGCCACCUGCCGCGGAACAAGUUAUCAACGUCUGCGGCCGCUACUGUGCAUCGCGCAUCGGCCACCGGACGUGACCGCCCACCGGAUAACUUGCAUAGCGCGAAACACUUGAGAGAGCACGUCUCUCAGUCCCAGCAAGCCGCUCAAAUCCCUAAAGUCAACAAACAGGAUGAAGUUCAACUCAAGAAUCCUCCUCAGAAACCAGAAACUCGAGAUGAAAAGAGAAGUUUACGCUCCCAAGGGGCUUCGCGCUUCAAGAGCGACCUCUCUCUUUACUUUCCAAGCUACGAUGAGAUGAUCAGCAAUGAGCCGAAAGAGCCAGAGUUCCUUACCGCAGAUACCCCGAUUGUCAUUGUCGACAAUCUUACCAAUGCUUCAGGUCUGGACUCGCGAUUAUCUCACAUAACAAUGGAAAACCCACACAGUCGCGUUCAGACUCAGUUCUCGAAAUUAAAACACGAAGAUUCUUUAGUUGAUAGCUCAGCAUCAAAAUCUAUUCUAGCACAAAAAAUAGACUUCUCUUCAAUAGAAAAACACACGGGACAUAUCGCCGAGGAUCCACUUACCGAUGAUCUGUAUUACAAGGCACACCGUCGUGCCGAAAGGCAAGAGAAGCAGCUGCGAAAUAUCGAAAGAGAGCGCGCUCAACAUGAGAAGCAGCAUCUAGAAAGGCUUCUAGAAGGGCUCCGAGGACCGGAUUGGCUCAAAGUCAUGGGUGUCACCGGAAUCACAGAGUCCGAGAAGAAAGCAUACGAGCCGAAAAGGGAUAUGUUCAUAGAGGAAGUGGGAGCAUUAGUCGCUAAAUUUAAGGCGUGGAAGGAGGAAGAGAAGCGGCGAAAGACUGAACGUCACCAGACGACCGCUGUUGAAGAACAGCCCAGCAAGAAAGAAAAAAGCCCCAGCAGUAGUUUUGAACAUCGAAACGGCGAAGAGACUCCUGAUUCCAGCGAUGUUGAUGCUUGGGCAGCCAGACAACUUCAUCAGGAAGCGAUCUCUGCAAGUGGUGCCCCUCAGACAGAGCACUCGGCGACUAAGAAGAAGGAGCCCCCGAAGGUGAAGAAACCUACUGUUCAAGAAAGGCCCUUCACCUCAUUUUAUUCCAAGCCGUAUUUGCGCGCCGCAGCAGUUGGAAAGCAUCGACGCAAUAGGAGCAGAACUGCAUUUGGCCUGCCUUUGCCUGAGGUGGCAGAGAAGGAGUUUGGGCUGCCUGAGCAUAUUCUCACACAGGAGGCAAAAACCUCGAGGGCUCGGAGCAGACGCCGGCGGAUCAGGGGAACGAAAGGAAAUUAGCUGUUUUCGAAAUGCAUUUUAGUCUACAUAAAUAUUCCCAGAUUAGCCUAGCUCAGUAU